AAGAUCUGGUCUACAUAAAUUGAUAAAUAAAUCUGUAUUAUUCUGUAUAAUAAAUUAAUAUGUCUGCAUCUUAAUACGUUUUUUAUACAACACUACAUUGAAUCAAAGCUUUUAUUCUAGAUCUAGAAAUCAUAGUCUAUAUGAAAUUACCAAAUAGACCUAGAUCUAGAUAGUCUAUUGAAUAUAGCCUUUUACUAGAUUCUAGAUUAAAUUUUUAAGUAAAUUAUUAUUAUAGUUUAUACUAAAUUAUACUAUAACUAUUCUAUUAUAGUUUAGAAUAAUUUAAUUUAGAUUAGACUAAUUAGACUAUCAAUAGUAUCAACUAUCAUUAGACUAAGACUUCAUUAGACACUCAGUCUCAGGACUCAGAGUCUCAGUCACUCACUCACUGUAAAUGUUACAGAUGAGAAAGUUCUAAUGAAAUCCAUUCAGUAAAAUAUGUAGACCAGGUUUACGUAAUUGUCAAUGCUCUAAAAAGUCAAUACAGUAACAUAUGAAGAGCAGAUUUGAAAGAAAUGGCCAAUCCUAACCUACAGGAAAUACCUCUACCCCCUAUGGAGCACAAGGCUAAAAGCAAGUCCCCUUUAAAGGAUGAGUUAAUAAAGUCUCAUAAAAAGACAGCUAAAGAAAUGCUACAAGAAGCUCUUAAAGAUCACAAGCUUUCCUCUGCUAGCUCUAAAGAACAUUUGGGUAAAUCAAUAACUGCACUAGGCGGUAAUUUUGCCAACACAUCACAGCAGCCAACAGUCUCAUCGCAAAGCAUUGUAGACGAGCUUUUUAAAGACUUUAUAUCACAAAAAUUUGGUGGUGCCUCAAAAGACAACGACACAAGCGGCAGGGUAUCAAAAACAUCCUCUGUGGAUGACAAAAUCAGUCAAAUCCUAGACAUGGAAAUCAGUUCUAUUAAAUCAAAGACAUUGACUUUAGACGAAACAGGAGCUAAUGAGAAACUGAGAAUGUUAAGUGAUUCUGUGAAGUCCACAAUCACUAGUAAAAAAGACAAAAUUGGACAAGAAGGGGAGCAGUCAUUGUUAAAAGAAAGCAGCACAAAACAAAGUGGGUCAACGUAUACAGUUAAAUCUGCCAGCGUUGGUAAAGACGACUUACCCACUACUUCACUGGCAUGCCAUUCAGAGCCAGAGACCAGUGACUCUGUUGACUCUAAACCAGAAGCUAAUCAAACCGAUAAGAAGGGUACUGAUGCAUCUCUCCCACUUUAUAGUAACAUGCUGCCAUUGGCUGUAGCCAAAAAACUCGGUGCCCCCAAGCUGUUAAAAAUGAAACUCAGUUCUGAGAGCCUUUCUCUUAUUAAAUCUACUGACCAUGUGGAUAAAGGGGAUCAAUUGUGGGAGGAAGGUGAGGUUUGUUCCUCCCACAGUGAUAAAUCUGAUCAAGACAUCUCCGAUGAUGAUUCCAAAGAUGCACCAUCUGAGACUGGCUCCAUUGCCUCUAGUGGGGCUCAUUCUGAAUCUCAUGGCUCAAAACAUAAGAAGAAACGGAAACACAAACACAAGAAGAAGAAGAAAAAGUCCAAAGACAAGGGUAAAGAACAUAGCAGUUCUUUCAGAGAACACAGCAGUAGGUCCAGAGAUCCAGAGGCAGAAGACUCAACAAUGUACAGAGAGCGAAAACAUUCACGGGAGAUUUCAUCAGAGAGAGAAGACUUGAAGAGGAGAAAGAGCGGGGAAAAAUACAGGAAGAGGAAGAAAUCUCAUUCCAGAUCAAGGACACCGAAGAAACACAGAAAAUCAAGGUCACAUUCUAGGUCAAGAUCCCCCAGUAAAAGAAAAGAUAGCACAGAUUCUGAAAGAUACCUGUAUAGUGAAUGGGAUGCCAGAAACUACAGUGAGACCUCCAAUCUUCAUGCCAGAUUGAAUGAACCCUCUUCUGAAAGACAUAAAAGGUCUAGAGAUCGUAGUAAAUCAGCCGAGAGAGAGCAACGUCUUCAGAUAGAUAAAGCCAAACUUAGAAGAAUAGCCAUAGCCAAUGCACUACAAAAUAUGAAAAGUGGACAAGGACCCCGAGUUGACCUUACAUUAGUGAAGAGUGGUGGGAAAUCAGUGGAGGAGUUAACAGAGUUCUGUAAAAAAAUUUCCUCCAAAAGUAAAGACAAAGAAGAAAGUGAUUCAGAUGAUCUUAGUGACCUAAACGAGGCAAAGUUAAGUGAUGAUGAAGACAGGCUUAUACACCAUCCUUUUAAAGUCCGAGAGCCAGCUUCUAAUAAUAUCAUCAUGAACAUAAGGAAUGCAAAGCAACUUCCUGUGCUGACGCCCUCAGAAAAGCAAGCCCAGCAGGCAUCUUUGAGAUUAACAUUUCCUGUCUCAAGCGGUUCCCAUCAUCGGGCUAGUGAGUCAGAGUGGGUGCCCGUUGAGAAACCCCCACCUCCUGUUGCCGUCAGAAAUCCAGUUCAGCCACAGGUUGCUAGUGUAGAACCUCCGGCAGUUAACCCAAAGAAAUCUGAAAGCAUUUUCCCAGAUGUAUCUGAAGGACAGAAACUUGACAUCAGUACUAUUAUAACGGAAAGACUGCAAGCGGUAAGGAAACUACAAGAAAAUCCUUAUGAUGUGCAGGCCCUCAACAAAAUGCACAAGGUCCAAGAACAGGCUAGCAAGUGGGCAAUAUCCAAACACCUGCCAGGCCAAUUUAUGGGCAGCACGGGUGCACAUGUACUUUCACAAGAGGAACUUAUUGGGGACAAGAAACGCCAGGCUUGGGCCAGAAAGACUCAGCUGAUGCAUGCUGCUCCUGUCACUGGAGGCAUUGGAAUGUUCCUCUUACAGAAGAUGGGCUGGAAACAAGGGGAGGGCCUGGGUAAGAACAACGAAGGCAAUAAGGAGCCACUUCUUCUGGACAUUAAGAUAGACAGAAAAGGCCUAACUGCAGCAGCUGAAAAUCCCAAGCAGCAGAAAGUACAGAUGUCCCAUGCAGCUAGAGCUAAGGAUCUGUCUAAUAAACAUCCAGUUUCUGCUUUAAUGGAAUUGUGCAACAGAAGACGUUGGGGGCCACCAAUAUUUACUGUUGUAGAGGAGAGUGGUCCAGAUCAUAAAAAAACAUUUCUAUUUAAGGUUAAGAUCAACAAUGUCGAGUAUCAACCGGCUUCAGCCAGUCUAAACAAGAAGACGGCCAAAGCUCAGUGUGCCACAGUGUGCUUGCAGGAGAUGGGACUUCUCCCAAGAGACCCCCCAACUUAAAAGUUAGCUGCCAAUAUUGCAACAUCAAGUCGUCAGAAAUGAAAUCAUCAUUUCUCUUCUUCUGAACAUUCUGGGCCUUUCUUCACAGACUGGCAAAUUCUGAAUCAUCCUUGCACCAACGGAUAAUGGAAAACUUGACAAAUGGAUUAUUUUGUUUUCUUUGCCACAGUCAAUAUUUCAAAGCCAAUUGAAUCUAGAACAAAAAGUGAUAUUUGAAUCAUUGACAGUUGUUGUAUUUGUUUUUUAUUAAUGUUAACUUCCAAGUCUGUUUUACAUUUCUAGGCUGUAAGGCAAUGUUUUUUUUUUAAUCAUGCUGGUUGUAAAGCCAGAUUAUGGCAGUAUUUGCAUGGCUGAGAAGUAUAAACCUCAUUGCUAACUGUGAAUGGGGCUUGAGUUCAAAACCCAAUUCAAGCUGAGUUCUGUUAUCUCAGCACCUAAAGAUGGCAUGGAAACAUCUCACUGGUCCACAAAAGAAAUAGGAUCAUAAUGCACUGAGCGUGCUAUAAGCAUGAUUAUUCAUGUGCUAUGCAAAGGGGAUUUUUUACAAAUUAUUUUGAUGUCAUUUGGGUCUAUCUUGGUAGUUUGUUAUUCAGUGGGGUGGGUUUUUUUUAACCAUUCAAUUUAACAUUGUUUUUGAAUCUUGUAUCUAAACCAAAAUUUCAUAAUUUUAACACUGUUGAUUUGUUAUACAUCUGAAUGAAAUAUUUUUUAGAUUUAGAGCUUUUUAAAAUAAUUGUUACAGUGAAAAGUGAUAUGUUUUAAGAUAAAAAGAAACUGCAUUAUGGCAAAGCAGUCCAGAAUUUUACAAAAAAUUAUAUUGUAGCAUUGAACAAACAGUGUGGGCCACUUUCAUUUACUCUAGAUUGUCUGCAGGACUUCAACAAGAGUUCUACAAUCUUAUCUUCUUAAGAUCCCUUGUAUUUCAAUGAAAUAAUUGUUCCAUAGCAAUUUAAAAGGUUAGUUUUAUACUUUGUUUUUCAUGUAAGACUCUAGGACUUACAAUAUGGGUUUAUAACCUGAUAAUACAGAGUCAUUGUAAAUAAUUGUGAAUAUCUAAAAGGUUUUAGAUGAUAUUGUUUGUUACUAUAUUGUUGACAGUUCACAUUUUAAAUCACUUUAAAACUUUUAUGUGACAUUGUUUCUGCAGUUUGAAUACAACUGAAAAUUUCAACUGAAA